AUGGCGUAUAGAAUGGAAAACGGUGAACAAGGUUACGAUGACAGAGUUUUGAAGGUCGAGUCAGAGAAGAUCUUUUCUGUUCUAUUUGUCAAGGAGUGCUCAGAAAUCCACGAACUUGCCGGAAUAAAGAACAUCCAUUUUGUCUUUCUUGCAUAUCUCAACAUCUUCGUAAUUCCCACAGAUGUCCUGAAUGCAGAGAACGCCUGACGGCAGAAACCCUCAAAGAUCCACCGAGAUUUUUAAAGAAUACCUUAUCAGAGCUGAAAAUCAAGUGUGAUUACAAUGAGCGAGGAUGUCCGGGCUACGUCCAGCUUGGAAAUUUACAGAGUCAUGUUGAGCGAUGUGACUUUGCGCCGGUUGCGUGUGGACAUGAAGGAUGUGAGAUGAUGGUCAAUAAAAAAGAUAAAGUAGCCCAUGAAAGAGAACUCUGCCUGUUUAGAAUGAAUUCGCAAGUCUGGAAAGCUAUUAAAGCGAGUCAAGAUGAAAUAAAGUUAAAGAUUUUAAAAAUGUACAGAAAUGUAACGGUGAGACAAAAUUUUCUUUGUAGGUUUACGUAGUCAUAAGAAUAACUGUUUUGCGUAUCUAUUGUUGGAGAAAAAAUUUACAAGAUGUUUAUUUAUUGUUAAUAUAUUAACCAUAGUUUGUCAAAGUGUAUAAAGUGCCACCUUUUGGGAUAAUUUUUAACACUAAUACUGUCAUUCAGGACUGCCAAACUGAAAUUAAAGUUCAUAUUAAAGAAGUGGAAAUCAAACAAGAUGACAUGAAG